CAUCAUCUGCUUUAUCGAAUAAUUAUGCUAGAGGAAGCAAUGAAACUCCAGAGGCCUUAGCUGAAAUUUUAGUCAUGGGAUUUGAUACCUCUAGUAUCUUUUUAGAAGUAGAGCACCCAGUGUCAGAUUCUUGA